UUCAGUAAAUCAAGGCAUUCAGCCGUGUGUUAAAGUAGCAGCAGGACCGAUUUUUCUCCCACACCAGCAAUUAAAGCGUAGAAAAUAUACCGUAACUAGAACCCGCAGUGGAAGACCGAGUGGUGGACGAUGAAAUGCUGCUAUAAUGGGUGUAUGUAGCAAAAGCCGGGUUGUUAAGCAUCUAUCUGUCGGUUUAACGUUACUCUAAUCGUUGCUGUCACCGAUAGACAUAAGUAGAUUUUUCCUAGAUUCGGUGUGGACAUCCCAAGCAUUCAGAGGGGUCAAUUCAGUGGGAUCACUUUGUGACAAACCACAAAUCCAACAAUGUCCGGGGCUUCAGUGAAAGUUGCUGUCCGAGUGCGCCCCUUCAACUCAAGGGAGACCAGCAAAGAAUCAAAAUGCAUCAUUCAGAUGCAAGGGAACUCCACCACUAUAUUGAAUCCCAAAAACCCAAAAGAGUCACCAAAGUCUUUCAGCUUUGAUUAUUCUUACUGGUCACACACCUCGCCUGACGACCCCAGCUUCGCCUCCCAAUCCCGUGUGUAUAAUGACAUUGGGAAGGAGAUGCUGCAGCAUGCCUUCGAAGGCUACAAUGUUUGCAUCUUUGCUUACGGCCAGACUGGAGCUGGCAAAUCUUAUACGAUGAUGGGGAAACAGGAGGAAGGACAGGAAGGAAUCAUCCCUCAGCUCUGCGAAGAACUCUUUGAGAAAAUCAAUGACAACAACAAUGAAGAGAUCUCGUACUCAGUGGAGGUGGCUUAUAUGGAGAUAUACUGUGAGCGAGUGCGGGACCUGCUGAAUCCUAAGAACAAAGGGAACCUGCGUGUAAGGGAGCAUCCUCUGCUCGGGCCGUAUGUCGAAGAUUUGUCUAAACUAGCAGUCACCUCUUACACAGACAUCGCUGACCUCAUGGAUGCUGGUAACAAGGCCAGAACGGUCGCUGCCACAAACAUGAACGAGACCAGCAGCCGCUCCCACGCUGUCUUCACCAUCGUCUUCACUCAGAGGAGGCACGACAGCGAGACAGAUCUGUCAACAGAGAAGGUCAGCAAAAUCAGCCUGGUAGACCUGGCAGGCAGCGAGCGCGCUGACUCAACUGGGGCCAAAGGCACCAGACUGAAGGAGGGAGCAAACAUCAACAAAUCUCUGACGACCCUGGGGAAGGUGAUUUCUGCCCUGGCUGAAGUGGAUAACUGUACCAGCAAGAGCAAAAAGAAAAAGAAGACCGAUUUCAUCCCUUACCGAGACUCUGUGCUGACAUGGCUUCUGAGAGAGAAUUUAGGUGGAAACUCAAGGACAGCUAUGGUAGCUGCUCUGAGCCCUGCUGAUAUUAACUAUGAUGAGACUCUAAGCACUCUGAGAUAUGCCGACCGAGCCAAACAGAUCAAGUGCAAUGCUGUGAUCAACGAAGACCCCAACGCCAAGCUGGUGCGGGAGCUAAAGGACGAGGUGACACGGCUGAAGGAGCUACUCCGGGCCCAGGGACUUGGCGACAUCCUCGACAUCGAGCCAAUGGGGGAUGAUUACUCUGGAAGUGGAAGCAAAUACCUGAAAGAUAUUCACAACAAUAAGCAUAGAUACUUGCUAGCCUCAGAGAACCAACGGCCUGGCCAUCUCUCCACAGCGCCGAUGGGAUGCCUGACAGCGUCGCCGUCAUUGGGCUCUCUAUGCAGCCAGGCUGGCCUACAGUCAGUCUCCAGUAUCCAGGAACGUAUCAUGUCCACUCCUGGUGGAGAGGAGGCCAUCGAAAGGCUCAAGGAAUCGGAGAAGAUUAUAGCAGAACUGAAUGAGACUUGGGAGGAGAAGCUGAGGAAGACAGAGGCCAUCCGCAUGGAGAGAGAGGCUCUAUUGGCAGAGAUGGGUGUCGCCAUCCGAGAGGACGGGGGAACCCUUGGUGUCUUCUCUCCUAAAAAGACUCCUCACCUGGUAAACCUGAACGAGGACCCACUCAUGUCGGAAUGUCUGCUCUACUACAUCAAGGACGGAAUCACAAGGGUGGGUCAGGCAGAUGCAGAGAGAAGGCAAGAUAUAGUUCUGAGUGGAGCGCACAUCAAAGAGGAGCACUGUGUCUUCCGCAGCGAAAGAAACGCCAAUGGGGAUGUGAUUGUAAUGCUUGUACCAUGUGAGGGAUCAGAGACAUAUGUGAAUGGCAAGCGUGUAACUGCUGCAGUCCAGCUGCGCUCAGGUAACCGUAUCAUCAUGGGAAAGAACCACGUGUUCCGCUUUAACCACCCUGAGCAGGCACGUGCUGAACGAGAGAAGACGCCAUCAGCCGAGACCCCUGUGGAGCCUGUAGACUGGACCUUUGCUCAGAGAGAGUUGCUGGAGAAGCAGGGCAUUGACAUGAAGCAGGAGAUGGAGAAAAGGCUUACUGAGAUGGAGAUCCUGUAUAAAAAAGAGAAGGAGGAGGCAGAUCAACUCCUUGAGCAACAGAGAUUGGUCUACGAGAGCAAGCUUCAGGAACUGCAGAAACAAGUGGAGACUCGCUCACUGAUAGCAGAAACUCCUGAUGAAGAGGAGGAGGAGGAAGAAGAAGAUGAAGUGCCAUGGACGCAGCAUGAGUUUGAGCUUGCUCAGUGGGCCUUCAGGAAGUGGAGAUACCAUCAGUUCACAUCAUUAAGAGACCAGCUGUGGGGGAAUGCAGUGUAUCUGAAAGAAGCCAAUGCAAUCAGUGUGGAGCUCAAAAAGAAGGUCCAGUUCCAGUUUGUGCUGCUGACGGACACGCUGUAUUCUCCACUCCCACCGGAGCUGCUGCCUUCUGAGCCAGAGAAAGAGCGCAACUCCAGGCCUUUCCCUCGUACUGUGGUGGCUGUGGAGGUCCAGGACCUGAAGAAUGGAGCCACUCACUACUGGUCCCUGGAGAAACUCAAGCAGAGGCUGGAUCAGAUGCGAGAGAUGUAUGACCGCGCAGGAGAAAUGGCGUCCUCCAAUCCAGAGGAGGGGGAAGGGCCUCUGACCGGCAGUGACCCCUUCUAUGACCGUUUCCACUGGUUCAAGCUAGUUGGAAGCUCACCAAUCUUCCACGGAUGUGUGAACGAGCACCUGGCUGACCGCACUCCCUCGCCCACCUUCUCCACGGCCGACUCGGAUGUCACAGAGCUGGCUGACGAGCGGCAGAGUGAGAUGGAGGAUUUCAUGGAUGAAGAAGCCUUUGUGGAUGACACCAGCUCAGACGCUGGCACCGAGGAGGGCUCGGACAUCUUCAGCGAUGGCCAGGACCCCUUCUAUGACCGAUCUCCCUGGUUCACUCUUGUGGGCAGAGCUUUCGUGUACCUGAGCAACCUGCUGUACUCGGUGCCCCUGGUGCACCGUGUUGCUAUAGUGACAGAGAAGGGGGAGGUGCGAGGCUUCCUGCGUGUUGGGGUCCAGGCCAUUGCAGCUGACGAGGAAGCUCCUGACUAUGGCUCUGGUGUGCGUCAGUCUGGCACUGCCAAAAUCUCCUUUGAUGAUGAGUAUUUCAAGAAGACUGACUUCUCUUCUGUGGCUAUGACCCGUUCUGGUCUCUCUUUGGAGGAGCUGCGUAUUGUGGAAGGCCAAGGCCAAAGCUCAGAGGUCAUCACCCCCUCAGAGGAGAUGAACAGAAUAAAUGAAAUUGACCUGAAGUUGGGGAACGUAGACACUAAGCUGGGACGGCCAGAGGGUCUGGCUGGCCAGCUGGAGGUGGGCAGUAUCUUCACCUUCCGCGUCACUGUGCUCCAGGCCGCUGGCAUCCUGCCGGAAUACGCAGACAUCUUCUGCCAAUUCAACUUCCUCCAUCGUCAUGAUGAGGCCUUCAGCACUGAGCCACUAAAGAACACAGGCAAAGGCGCCCCGUUGGGCUUCUACCAUGUGCAGAAUAUUUCCGUGGAAGUCACAGAGUCCUUUAUCGAGUACAUCAAGUCCAAACCUAUUGUGUUUGAAGUGUUUGGACAUUACCAGCAACAUCCACUGCACACUCAUGGGCAGGAUGUGGCCAGCUCACCACAGCCUUCUAAGAAAUACUACCCCCCACCCAUGCCUCUGUCCAAACCAGUGCCAGCCACCAAGCUGAACACCAUUAGCAAGUCAAACCUGGGUCAAUGUGUGAGCAAGUAUGACCUGCUGGCCUGGUUUGAGAUCAGUGAGCUAGAGCCAACCGGAGAGUAUAUUCCAGCAGUAGUUGACCACACUGGAGGAUUGCCCUGCCAUGGAACUUACCUACUGCACCAGGGCAUCCAGCGCAGAAUCACUGUCACGCUCAUCCACGAGAAGGGCAGUGAGCUUCAUUGGAAGGACGUCAGGGAGUUGGUGGUUGGUCGGAUCAGGAGCAAGCCAGAAGUGGAUGACACUGCUGCAGACGCAGUACUCUCUCUCAACAUCAUCUCAGCCAAAAACAUGAAAUCCUCCCAUAACACGAACAGAACAUUCUAUCGGUUUGAGGCAGUGUGGGACAGCUCUCUGCACAACUCUCUCCUGCUCAACCGUGUCACCCCCUAUGGAGAGAAGAUUUAUAUGACUCUGUCUGCAUACCUGGAGCUUGACCACUGCAUCCAGCCUGCCAUCAUUACCAAAGACAUCUGCAUGGUGUUCUACUCCAGAGACGCCAAGAUCUCUCCCCCACGCUCUCUGAGGAAUCUGUUUGGCAGUGGAUACUCUAAAACACCUGACUGCAACAGAGUGACUGGUAUCUAUGAGCUCAGCUUGUGCAAGAUGGCGGACACUGGAAGCCCAGGCAUGCAGAGGCGGAGACGGAAGGUUCUGGACACAUCAGUGGCAUAUGUGCGAGGUGAGGAGAACCUGGCCGGCUGGAGGCCCAGAGGGGACAGCCUGAUUCUGGAGCACCAGUGGGAGCUGGAGAAACUUGAGCAGCUGCACGAGGUGGAGAAAACGCGCCACCUGCUGCUGCUGCGGGAGAAGCUGGGGGAGGCAGUUCCUCAGAAGUCCCUGUGUGAGUCUCUCUCUCCCAGCCUAAGCAGCGGCACCCUCAGCACCUCCACCAGCAUCUCUUCACAGAUCUCCUCCACCACCUUCGAGAGUGCCAUCACCCCCAGCGAGAGCAGUGGAUAUGACUCCACUGACAUCGAGAGCCUGGUGGACCGUGAAAAAGAACUGGCCACCAAGUGCCUCCGACUUUUGACUCACACCUUCAACAGUGACUACAACCAGCUGUGCAACAGCAUCAGUGACUGCAAGUUGUCUGAUAUCUCCCCCAUGGGUCGAGAUCCAUCAGUCACCAGCCUCAGCAGUGCCACCCUCACCCCCUCCUCCACCUGCCCUUCAUUGGCAGACUCCCGCUGUGGCUCAGUGGACCAGAAGACACCUGAGGCUAAUUCUCGUGCCUCCAGCCCAUCCUGCUCUGACUAUGAGAACUUCCCCAUGGUGCCCACCCUGGAGACGUCCUACUUGGCCCGUGCUGGCAAACACGAGUUCCUCAACCUGGUGCCCGAUAUCGAGGAGAUGAGGCCUGGGUCUGUCGUGUCUAAGAAAGGAUACUUGAACUUCAUGGAGCCCCGCUCUAACUCUUGGGUGAAGCACUUUGUGGUAGUGCGCCGGCCAUACGUUUUCAUCUACAACAGUGAUAAAGACCCAGUGGAGAGAGGUGUGCUGAACCUGUCCACUGCACAAGUGGAAUACAGUGAAGAUCAGCAGGCCAUGCUCAAGACUCCCAACACAUUUGCUGUGUGCACCAAGCACAGAGGAAUUCUCCUCCAGGCCAACAAUGACAAAGACAUGAAUGACUGGCUGUAUGCUUUUAAUCCGCUGCUAGCAGGAACAAUAAGAUCAAAACUGGCGAGAAGACGCUCUGGUUUGAUGAAGAACUGAAAGUGAACAAGCUUGUCUGUGUGCAGAGAUAGUGCACUGUUUCUUUUGCCUAGCCUUUGAACAUACCAAGUGUUAACACUUAUUAAUCUUUGUGAUUCUUGAUGGUUUUCUCUUGUAUGUAGACCUGUGGCUUAAGUCUCCUCUCCAGCAAACGAAACUUUUUGAGUUCCUGAAAGCCCACUUUCCCCUUCUCCCUCCUCUGUUCCUCUCCUAGCUUUUUGCUAUUUCGUUCAGAUUCGUUACGUCUUAAGUUUUCGUUCUUUGUCAUAAUGGAUCCUUCUUCUAGUAGCAUGUCGUAAUAGUCUGUUUGUGUGUGCACGAUUCUUCAGAAAAGUUUCUCUUCUCUCUUGAGUUAACUACUCGUCUGUAAAGAUUGUCUUUAUCAGUGUUAUCUGUUGAGUCAGGUACAUUUUUCCCGCAUGGCGACAGCAGCAGUCCUCAGGAUAUGACCAGUUUGCUUAUAAAGCCACACAAAGUACACCAGUGAAGUUAGAUAAAAGACGUUAUAUGACUAGGUAAGACUUAAUAUUUCUCUCAUAGAACAAAAAUUAGCUCAAUAUUUUUUACACUAGUGAGUAGAUGACCCAACCUUGGAAAAGAAUGGGCUAAGGCGUUUUCCUGAAGUAAAACGUUGCCUAGUGUGACUAAAUCUGAAAGAGAGCAAUCCCCCCGCCUCUCCGCCAAGUAUUAUUGCAGUGACAGAUGAACGUACUGUUGACUGAGGAUCUGUUUAAGACACCGUGUUUUAUUGUGAGGCACUGGUUAUCAUUGGCCCAUGUCAGGCAGUGCUAUAGCACAGUGUGUUUGCUUGUUAUAAAUGAAUUCUACAUAAUGAGGAGAUGAGACACCCAUUUGUAAAGAUACCUUACCAUGUAGCACUAGGGGAGGAUAUAUAAGAUAAGAACACUCAGUUCAGCUGCUCUGUGUUCUUCAGAAGAUGUAACAUUUAAAAGAAGAAAGGGGGGGAAAAAAGAUCAGGUCACUGGCACAGAAUAGUGACAGGCCUAAGACGAAGGUCAUUUGUACAUACUUUUCAGGAUUACUAUGCUUAAUGCUACUCAUUGAGAACAAGAGACAUUCCUUUUGUGCUGAAAUGUUGUCCACAUUAUUUUUUUUGCAGGACCACAGAGGUUAUUUUAGCCAGAGGGACCACAGGUGGCCACAGGUUUGCUUAUAGGCAGUUUGAGUGUGACUUGAGUGGUUCUUAUAUUGUAGGUUACUUGAAGUAAGUAAUCUGCUUCAUUCAGUGAUUUAUUGUGGCCAGGGAGUCCCUCAGUAGUGUGCUAUGACAGGGAUGGUGGGCUGCCUCUUUAGCAUUCCCUCAGAAAACUGCUUCAGAGCAGAUCCAUGAACUUAACGUUGUUAACUAAUCUAAUUAUUGUUUCUCUGUUGUGUGCAUUAACUUAUUAUUUUUUUAUUUCUAAUGAUCUUUAUUUUAUAAUAACCACUUGUUAAAAAGAUGAAGGUUGUAUAAGAAGGGCAUUUUUCCUUUUUAUCCGGCUAGACGUUUUGCACAUUAAUAUGUCACAAACAAAACACAGCUUGACCACUGAAGGAGCUUUCGGUCUCAGCACUAUUAGUACAAAGUGGGCUUUGUUAUAAAUGCUUGACUGCAGUGAUGUUUCUUAGGUGUUUUGCAGUGUAAAGCAUAGAAAAGGGACUUGAUAGGCUCCGGUGCUUCUUAAUUUAUUACUAUGAAAAUAUUUGCUCUGUAUGCCAUAUCUUUAAAUAUGAACCAGUCAGAAUUGGGGGAGUGUAGGUAUUUUAGUGCGUCAGCAUGUGCCUUCCAUUUAUGCUUCAGUGUGAGGAUGUGGGAGUGCAUGGUACAGUAAGCCUCUGGCCAACCAACCAGCAGGUUACCUGCUCCACAUAAACUCAAAAAAAACAAAACAAAAAAAAAACAAGUCAAUGGAAGACACAGCUGUUUAUAUGCAUAUCCAGUGCAGCCAAGUUAAAAUAAUGACUGCUUGAUGUUCCCCUGUGGCUCAGAGGCCGCCUGAAAGCUUUUUGACAGAUAAUAAAUGAAAAUGGCUGAAAUGAUCUCGUUCUCAUGUCAGCCAACCUGAGCAACCAUUUCUUUGAGCUGUUUGAUUGUUUUUGAAUCUGCUGAAAGUGUUAUUUGUGCACACAAUUAGUCUUAAAUGGCAUAUAUUGAAGGAGAACCUGUUGAUUAUUAGAUGAAAAUGUAAACACUGGGACUAAAAUAGCUUGAUGCUUUAUUAAGAGAAUAUGAACAUGUUAAAAAAUCUUGACAGAGCAAAGAUUUUCACUGUUGUGUGACAUUCCUAAUACAUAGACAUUCAUGAGGAAUUCUGUCUGUAUUUGUUAUUUUGCAAUGUAUAUAUUAGUUUGCAGCUCUUUGCACAUUCUAAGUGGUUAUGAUGACUAACAGAUCAAAUAAAGCCUAAAGUGGGUUUCUGUUGUUUACUCAAAUAUGAACCAAAAGAUGGGGUAAGACCAGACUGUGUGGUGUGGUUACAGAUUGAAGUGGACUUUGAAUGUACCUCUGGGAUGUCACUGGCAAAUAUAUUCACUUACUGGAAUCACUUCAGAAGAAAAUGUUUCACUGUCAUCUUUUUAUCUUUUGAGGAUUGAACCAUUGUAGUGCUUCCUGUUGCUUGUUGUUUUCAUUUAGCUGACCGUUCAACAACACUACUUCAGACAGUUUGAGUCCAGGUCUGUACUUCAAAGUUAUUAUGAUGCAGGGAGGGCUACUGUUUAGAUUUAUUUUAAUAAUAUCAGGGAAUCUAUUUUUAGAAAUAAUCCAAAAUUAGUCAUUGCUUAUGCUUACACUGUGUAAUCUUUUUGUUUAAUUUUUCUGUUUCUCAGUCGUCCUAAUGCAUUUUCCCAUGCUGCCUUCAAAAAACAAGUUCUUCACUCCCUCUCAGAGGCCUCCUUUUAUUAUUAAACUAACAUUCCCACUCAUUUUGUUGAAAACCAACAACCAAGGCAUUAACACUGUACAUUAUUUGUCAGAUUGGCUUCAUUUUCAUACUUAUUUUGUAAAUAUUACAUGUUGUAUGGAGCUUGAAUUAAAAUGUAAAUAUGUCUCCUGUAUUUGUAAUAAUUAUAAUCCAUUCGCUGUAUAGCCUAGAUGUGUACUGCAGAUAUCUUAAUUCUGUGUAUUGUAAUCUUGCACCAUUGAACUGUUUAGUGAAUGAGGUAACAAUAAAAGUCCAACCAGUGCAUUAGCAGAAUACA